AUGCUUGUCAUCUUCGCAAGUCCCGUCAUGGAUAUGCAAGAAACGGCAUGUGAGUAUUACAGCGGAAGGAAAGCGCGCGCAACCUGUUGAUUGCCAGAAUAGCCAACGCUGCAGACUUUCCAUUCGAAUCGCUCCCACCAGAGCUGAGGCACCGGAUUUACGAAGAAGUGCUGGUCUGCGAUUCCGAGCUGGGUGCUGGCAACAUCGACGACCUACGCAAGGAUUUGCCAAACAUCGUACACGCCAGAGAUGCUUGGCAAGCCAUCGGCAAUCUCGCACUGUGCUCUCGCCAGAUCUACAGAGAGCUGAAAGAUCUGUAUCCGAUAUAUUUCCAGCAUGUCACCAUUCCAUGUCGCUCUGAACAUGCAUGACUGCAGUACGACCGAGGCGCAAAUCAAGAAGUUACGCCGCCUUGGCCAGGGAUACAGCCAACUCCUCCCGACUCUCCGAGCCAGACCGCACAAGACCGUCGUCUUGACUCUGAUUAUUCACAUCUCAUACGAUACUGAGAUCGGCUCGCAGUCUGCAAUUGCAUUCACCCGAGCCCUCACAGAUGUUCCAGGUCCACUCUUCGCCGGUAGAAUGAGAAUUGCAACCGAAGCCGCCACCUUCACACACGGUGACGACUGGGUGAAUGACGAGAUUUGGGCUCAAUACGAUUGCAAGGCAUUGAGCGACUUCCGAAAGCUGUUGCGUUUGGGCGUCAAGAUUCGCCGCGAGCACUCCGACGUCAACAAGGAGCCUCAAGCACUAUUUGGCAGCCGUGGUUAUCGAGCUUUGAGGCUGCUUCUCAAGAAUCGACAGGGUAUGGCCACUGAGGUAGACGAUUGA